GCGCUCUCUUUGACCGCCCACUCUUCUUGCACGACCGGUCCUCUUGUACUGUACUUCUCUCCCUCAAGAGGAGACGUAAUGGAGCAGGCGCACGCGAUUCUUAAAGAGACCUUUGGCUUCCCUGGGUUUCGCCACACCCAGGAGGAGGUUAUCCGAAGGCUGCUCGUAGAAAACGAUAAUGCUCUCGUUCUCUUCCCGACUGGAGGCGGCAAAAGUUUGUGUUACCAAGUACCCGCGCUUUGUCUGGAGGGCUUGACGCUGGUCAUUUCACCCUUAAUCGCCCUCAUGAAGGACCAAGUCGACGCGCUUGUCACUCGGAAUGUGAAGGCAGCCAGCUUGGAUAGUACCCUGUCUGCAGACAGGGCUGCGUGGGUCAAGCAAGAGGUGCUGACCGGGUCGAUGAAGAUACUCUAUGUAGCCCCGGAGAGACUUAACAACGAGUCUUUUAUUGCGCUGAUGCGGAAGGUCAAGAUCUCGCUGCUGGCGGUCGAUGAGUCCCAUUGUAUCUCCCAGUGGGGCGCGAGUUUCCGCCCCGAAUACCUGAAGAUUGCGCGUUUCGCGGAGGAGCUUGAUGUCGAGCGUGUUCUGUGCUUGACGGCUACCGCAACAAAGAACGUCGCAGUGGACAUCUGCAAGAGCUUCUACAUCCACCCGACCGAGGGUGUCUUUCGCAUCCCUGUCUAUCGCCCGAACCUUGCAUUGAGAGCCCAAGUGGUGAACAACGCAGCCGAGAAAGUGGCUCACAUUCUACCCAUGCUGCAGACCAGGACGGGCCCAGCCAUCAUUUAUGUCACUCUGCAGAAGCAGGCGGAGGAAAUAGCAGACCAUCUGCGACCCCAUGGGCUGGAACCUAUGGUAUACCACGCUGGUCUACCAGCGGAGGACCGCGAGAGGAUCCAACUUCAGUUUAUGGAGUCGGAGAAAGGCAUCGUAUGCGCUACGAUCGCGUUCGGUAUGGGCAUUGACAAAGCGAAUAUCCGACAGGUCAUUCACUUGCACAUGCCGAAGACGCUCGAGAACUACAGUCAGGAAGUUGGGAGAGCCGGACGUGACGGCCAGGAGUCGACAUGUCUCAUGUUCCUCUCUGCUGCUGAUAUCCCUGUCCUCGAGGGCUUCGCGCGUGGUGAUACCUGCGCGAAGCGAGACAUUGAGCUCUGGCUGCAGGAGGUUGCAAUGGCGAAGCCCGCAUCUGACGGUUGCAUUGACUUCAAUCAUUACCAACAGGCAAAGGUAUAUGACAUUCGGCAAAACGUGCUGAAUCUCUCAUUCGCCGAGCUCGAGCUCGACCACGGCUACAUCCGUGCGGUGACGCCUUACUACUCCGUGUACGAUAUCAUGGCGCGCACCAAUGAGGGCUGGCAGAAGGUCCUCUCAGAUAAGAGCAAGCAGGCGCAAGCGUUGAAGUCUUGCUGGGUGCCUAGAGGGACUGGAUAUCAGAUCGAUAUGGCCAAGGCUGCAGAGUACUCGAGGCUUAGUCGCGCCGACCUUGCAAGGUAUAUCAAUGAGUGGGAUUUCGCAGGACACGUGACAACCAAGGCUUCACAAGUCCGGGCUCGGUACCAAGUCCUGAAGCCCUUACCCAAGGCACCUGAAGAGAUCCAAGUGUUGGCAGAUCAACUGUACAACAAGAUGCUGGCCCGCGAGGAAGAGGCGGUUCAGAAGCUCCGGCAAGUUAUGGAGUUUGCUACAAAUGAUGAUUGCCUGGCGCAUGCCCUCGCCUCGUAUUUCGGUGAUGAUGACGCAGUGCCGAAUCAGAUGUGUGGCAAAUGCAGCUUCUGCUUGAUCGGGUCUGGUGUCGAGUUCGCGGCAACAGCGGUUAGCAAGCCCGACCCGCGGCAGAUCCGGGCAAUCCUGGACGUCUGCACUGUCCGUGACGAUCCGCGUCUGCUCGCACGGAUGGCCUUCGGUAUCACGUCCCCAAGACUCACCGUUAAUAAAUGGUCCGCCGCACAUCCGCUGUUCGGGAGUAUGGUGCACGUAGACUUCAAGGCGUUAGUCGAAGCGUUCGAGAAGGAGUGCAAGAAGGCCGGAUACGUGAACAAGGAUCCGCCGCCGCCUCCCCCGAAGACAACGCAGAAAAGGACCUAUACUCAAUACUCGUCGUCGUCGCGCCCGAGUAGUGGGGGAAGCUCGUACCGUGGUGGGUACUCAAAGCGUGCGCGAGGACGCCGAUACUAGAUUUGACUCCGAGGUGUCGUUGGCUAUGCUGAAUGCCUCACGCCUUGUUACCUCACACCUAGCAUACACCAGAAAGAAUACGGUCCUCCGGAUCGAGUACGGAUAGACAACAAUAUGUGUACCAUGAUGUAUUACGCAGUUCGUUCGCGCUGUACUGGUACUUGAAGCGAUGGAGGCCUUUGAUGAACUUGCACUCAGGUGUCCCGCUAUACAUAUCAUCUGGAGAAAUGGUGACUCAUGCAGCGUCGACCCUCGCAGAGAAACUGCUGUACACUAUUAACCUACAACAAGCUAAUUAG